AUGGUGCUCUUGGACAACGACCAAUUCUUGACGGAGAUGACGAAACUCUACCAACGCAAUCGACUCAAAGGCUCGGUCUGGACGACCAUGAAAUCCUCGCUCUGCUUAAACAGACCGAAGAGGAACGCACCUCUUUUAUCCAAGGAAGAGGAGAAGGAAAAAAGGUGCUGCUUGGUGAGAUGUUCGGACGGGAAGAGGAAAAUCAGCACCCGAGUGUUCUCGCAGAAAGCGGAGAAGUUCGCGAGAGAGUUCACGUUGGUGCAAAAAGCGAGCAUGGACGGUUUGAAGGAAACGGAGAAGAAGAAAAAGAAGAAAACUAAUGAAGACGAGAAGAAGAAGAAGAAGAAACAUACGGACGCAAAAGGAAAUGAUGGUGAUGACGCGGAGAAGAAGAAGAAGACUAAAAAGAAGAGAAAGAAGAAGAGCGGCGGCGGCGGCGGAACGACGGCGUGA